UAAGGCAAAGCCUGCCAGUGUCCGCGCUCCAGCUACCUGCUCCCGGAGCGUGAGUGCGGGUUGUGGGCCGUGCGCGUGCGCGCUCCGAGGGGGCGCGAGGCGGGCGCUCCAGGCCGUUGUGCGCGCGUGCUUGCUGAGGUUGGCUGCGGCGGUGCCGCGCGCCCGACCAGCGGGUAUUUGCGGGGCCUCCUGCCUCGCUCGAGGCUGCUGGCAGCCGUGGCGGCCGCCGGUGACCAAAAGGGGAGGAAGAAAACAGGGGGCGGAGGGACCCGGUCUCAGCGUGCAGAGGAACAGCUGAGCAUGCCCCGAGACAACAUGGCCUCCCUCAUCCAGCGGAUCGCCCGCCAGGCGUGCCUCACCUUCCGGGGCAGCGGGGGCGGCCGCAGCUCUUCCGACCGCGGCGCGGCGCCAGGCCCGGAGGCGCCGAUGCCGCAGGGCUUCCCAGAGAAUCUGAGCAAGUUGAAGGGCCUGCUAACCCAAGUCCGCGCCGAAGACCUGAACAUAGCCCCACGCAAAGCCACGCUGCAGCCGCUGCCGCCCAACCUGCCCCCGGUCACCUACAUGCACAUCUAUGAGACGAACGGCUUCAGCUUGGGUGUGUUCCUGCUCAAGAGCGGCACGUCCAUCCCGCUGCACGACCACCCGGGCAUGCAUGGCAUGCUCAAGGUGCUCUAUGGCACCGUGCGCAUCAGCUGCAUGGACAAGCUAGAAGCGGACAGCGGGCAACAGCCACGGGCCCCGCCACCAGAGCAGCAGUUUGAGCCGCCUCUGCUUGCCCGAGAGCGAGACGCUCUGCGGCCGGGCGUGCUGCGCUCCCGGGCGGAGUACACCGAGGCCAGCGGCCCCUGUGUGCUCACGCCGCACCGGGACAACCUGCACCAGAUCGACGCCGUGGACGGACCUGCCGCCUUCCUGGACAUCCUGGCCCCGCCCUACGACCCAGACGACGGCCGUGACUGCCAUUAUUACCGGGUGUUGGAGCCCGUCAGGCCCAAAGAGGCAUCAGGCUCAGCCUGUGACCUGCCCCGAGAAGUGUGGCUCCUGGAGACCCCGCAGGCCGAUGACUUCUGGUGCGAAGGGGAGCCCUAUCCAGGUCCCAAGGUCGUCCCUUGAAGCCGCUGCGUCCCGAGCGUGCCCUUCUGAGAUGGCCUGACUGUCUGCAACCCACCAAAAGGGCUCUCUUCCCUACCCCCAGGCUCUGGCAUCGGAUCUACUGGUGUGGGCAGUUGGCGCUUCCUGGGGAGCCCUGGGAAGCUCGGGCGACUGUACUGCAGACACCAGGCACGGUUACGGGGCGGGGGAGGCAAAUAGGCCAGGUUGUUUCCUGGCUGUCACUGCCACCGGGGUUUUGAUUGGGGUGGGGGCGGGGUGGAUGGGGGGAACUAUCUGAAGCGCUUCCUUCCUAAAGCCAUAAUGAAAAUACUCGUCCCUCUGUUCCUUCUCCUAUACAAAGUACCCUAAAUGAUUUUCUACAACCUCCUACUCCUCGUUCUUGGGUAAAUAGGGGUUCUCCCCUCCCCUCGCCCCCACCUUUGUCCUUAAGCCCUUUUACUCCUUAUUGUUAGUUUUAAGUUAUUGACUGUGCAUGGUCCAGUGGUUUGAAUUGUUUUUACUUUAAGUCACUGGUAAUAGUCUUAAAGAAAUGAGCUAAUGUUUCAGAUGAGCUGUCCUGUCUAAUUAAUUCCUUGUGAAAGUUAAAUCAUUUUUGUUAGUUGGAGGAUUACCCCCAAAACAUAACUAACUAUGCAUGUAGAGGAAAAGAUGUUUUUUUUUUCCUCCCCUUGCCCAAUAAGCCACAUCUGGUUUAUUCUGGCAGCAUCUACUAAGUGAUUCAGCACCUCCAUAUCUCAGUGGUAAAUAGUUAACUUUGAGCUUAUCUUCCCCAUGAGUGUCCAGAUCAGAUUUCUUGCUGUAGAUUCACCUUUAAUGCAAAAGUUAUAUUACCCUCAAGUGAGUUUUUUUUUUCUUACUGUACUUUUAAGAGGUGAUAGGGUACCUCUGUAUUUUUUUUUUAAUCAGAAGAUUCAGAAGAGCUGAAUCAGUAUGCUUCCAAACAACUGAAUGUAAAACACCCCUGGCCAGCUUUUGAACUUCAUCCCCCGUUUUAACUUAUAGUAUUUUUUGGCGAAAGUAGAGAAAAAUAUUGUUGAUGACUGUUUCCCAUUCUCUUAGAUGCUCUAAUAUUCCAGAGGGCUGCUGAUUCCAGCUGUGUUGUUGGUAGCAGUGUUCUUAGAAUCUUCUCUCUCAAACAGGACAGAACCAGUGCUAGCUUCACCUGGUGUGGUUUUCUGUAGGAAGAAAGAGAAGACACAGGUGAUCAGCCCUUGAGAAUUGAGAAUUAUCGAUACUACUGGCCAUUUUAGGGCACCAGAACGUGGGACAAACACUGAGGCCACUCCCAUUCUCUGAACUGAGCAGUUGUGCUAUGACUAGUUUUAUUUUUGUCCUUUUAAUUGAAUGAUCGACUUUACCUUGUUUACACAUGUAUUGAUACCAUUUGCUUGGAACCAUAGAGCACUGUUUCCCCUGUUUUCUAUUUAUAGGAAUCCUUUUCACAAAACCUAAUAAAAACAAACUAGAAAUAAACAUUAAAAUUUGCCCAGCUGUCA